CGGAAUUCCUAAUUCAAAUCGAAAUAUACAAUGAUUCGGGUUUUUCCUAACUCAUCUGAAAAUGUGCAGACUAUAUAACUUUGAACCAUGAGAAGAUGUUAGGCAAACUUAUGCCGUGGUCUCGGAUGGCCCCAAGACAUUCUCGCCUUAUCUCCAGACGAUCUCAUGGAAAAGUGAUUUUUAUCGUGCUCUUGAUACUAGUACCGAUUUUGCUCUUUGGCAUUUACCUCCAUUUCCAUAAGAUCUCCUAUUUCUUCCGUCCACUUUGGGACAAACCUCCACCUCCAUUUGAGCAUUUGCCACAUUAUUAUGCUGAAAAUGUUUCUAUGGAUAAUCUUUGUCGCCUACAUGGAUGGACUCUACGUCCUGAACCACGUCGUGUAUUUGAUGGGAUCAUAUUCAGCAAUGAGCUAGACUUGCUUGAAGUAAGGUGGCGUGAGCUCUAUCCCUAUGUUACGAAAUUUGUCGUCUUGGAAGCCAACACUACUUUUACUGGACUUCCAAAGCCAUUGUACUUCUCUGAUCAUCGGGAACGAUUUGCAUUUGCUGAGGAUAAGAUUGUACAUGGUGUAUUUCCUGGCCGGAUUGCAUCCCUCGAGUUACAUGAAGAUCCGUUUAAACUAGAAGGACAACAACGCAUCGCAAUGAACAGGUUACUCCAUGCUGCUGGUAUCUUUGAAGAUGACCUUCUCAUUAUGUCAGAUACCGAUGAAAUCCCAAGCCACCACACUAUUAAACUUCUUCAGUGGUGUGAUGGUAUGCCUCCCGUGAUGCAUCUUGAACUUAGACAUUACAUGUACUCUUUCGAGUUCCCUGUGGACUAUAGUAGCUGGCGCGCCAGUGUUCACAUUUACAACAGGUGGACGAAAUAUAGACAUUCCCGCCAAACAGAUGUUAUACUUUCUGAUGCAGGAUGGCAUUGCAGCUUUUGCUUCCGGAAUCUGCAAGAUUUCGUAUUCAAAAUGACUGGUUACAGUCACGCAGACAGAGUUCGACGUACAAACUUCCUAAAGUACUCUAGGAUUCAGAAGCUAAUAUGUGAGGGAGCUGAUCUUUAUGACAUGUUACCUGAGGAGUAUUCUUUUCAAGAAUUGAUCAAGAAAAUGGGAUCAAUACCUCGAUCAGCAUCCGCGGUUCAUCUUCCAACACACGUCAUUGAAAACACAGAUAAGUUCCGAUUCCUUCUCCCAGGAGGUUGUCAGCGAUCACCACGAUGAUACUCACACGUUAACUUAUUCGUCUUGCUUCAUCUGCUAGUUUUAGACCUUAGUGUUGUUUUUCCACUCAAGUUUGCAGAUGUUUUAGCUGUAAUAAGUUGAGUUUUUUCCUUCUUUGUAAUGAGAAAAAUAGGUUCUCUUACCUUUUGAGUUUUGCCAAUAUAUGUGAUACACAUUUUACAUCAAAA